AGCUUCCUGGACCUGUAUACGUGACGUGAUAAAACCAGGAGGGAGUAUACGGACUGAUCAAAUCGUAAAACGGACGGAAGGUCUAUGUUAUAAUUUCCCUGUCGAAUACUCUAAGAUCAAGGACAAGAAAGUAAGGAAAAGAAGCGUCAAAACCAAGAACACCAUAUUCGCAAAUAAACGGAACUCCUUCAUUUUUAAAGAUUUAAGUGGAAUUUAUCUUACCUGUGUGAGAAUGAACGGAGUAACGCGCAGUCUUUGUACAUUUGAGGACAUCAGAGCGGAUAAGAGAACACCGGACGGGUGCAGAAGACUUCGGCUGACUCUUCAUGAGCAGACAGAGAGGACCAGGGAACCGCCCAGGAGCAAGCCAAUUGGACGAGCAUAUGCUCUGGUGCAGCCAGCCAAUGAGAGACCUCUGAAGCCUGAACCAAUCCAACCGUGUGAGGAGGAGGUGGAGAAGGUUGAGGUUAUUAAGGUGUAUUUGGAGGCUCGUAGACAGGAACAGCAGAGACACCAGCAGAGUCUCAAAAUGUUGUCAGAUGAAGUCUCCCAGAUUCAGGAGGUGAGAUACUGUCUGAAGACCCUCAGGGAACAGAUGGCUGCCAAGAAUAAAGGAGAACACCAGUGGCCUGCUAGCAGCUACAGAGUCAACACUCCCUCCAGUCAGAACAGCUCAACUUCCUCCAAGGGAAGGUCUGAAGAUGAUGAACAGGAUGGGGUGGCUGAAGCGGAGCGGGUGAAGAUGAGGGAGGUCAGUAAGCGCCUGUAUGCCCAGUUACAGGAGGCAGAGAGGAAACACCAGGAAGAGAGAGAGCGACUGCAGGCUGAGGGGGUGGAUCUGCGCCUGCGUCUGGGGGAGCAGGUGGAGAAACUGAAGGAGGUGGAGGAGAAAAGUGAGAGGAAGGACCAGAGGAUCGAGGAGCUCCACAGACUGCUGGGGGGCAUGGAGCAGGAGAGCAGAGCCCUGCGGGACACACUGAGGAACCGUGAGGAGGAACUCAGAGAACUACGCAAGAUCAGAGAGGAGGGCAGGAAUGAGCAGGAGAGGUCCGAGCAGUUGGAGAAGGAACUGGCCAUCCUGAAGGAGAAGAUUCAUCAUCUGGAUGACAUGCUGAAGAGCCAGCAGAGGAAGGUCAGACACAUGAUCGAACAGCUGCAGAACUCCCGUAUGGUGAUCCAAGAGAGGGACCGUGUCAUCAGAGACCUGGAGGAGAAGGUGGCUUUUCUGGAGGCUGAGAAUCGGGAGAUGCAUGACCAGAUGGACUACUUUCUGGGCGGUCAAAGGUCAAACUCAUAUCUCUCAUCAGAACGCAACACCCAGAUUGUCUACAGUAAACCACUGAAACCCACCAACUCGUCCAACAAACCUCUUCCCCUUAUUAAAGUCAUUGAGAUCAAAUCCUGAACUGGUGAAAAUGAGAGAAGGCUAAAGAGAUGGAGGGAGAAGGGGCUAACCAAACCGCCCCAAACCGGCUAAGCUAGCUAACAGCGUUAUGGACUGAAACAGCCCACAACAACACAGUGUGAACUGAGGUUGCCACAGCAACAUAUACACUUUAAAACUAACCCGUUUUCAUGAUCCUUAAACAUCCACGGCCACACUUUGACUGGACACUAUGCAGUGUGUAUGUGCAUAGCUUUGGAUUAUGUGUGUGUGUGUACUUUCAUGUAAAUAUCUGUAUUGUAGAUAUUGAUAGAGCUGGUUUGCAAUAGACAUUAUUUAUUUCGAGCAGACAGCCUAUUUUUUCAAACCCAGUGUCAAGGUCUGUUGUGUUUUGUUGAAGGCAGUCUGAAGGACUUAAAUAACGGCAGACCCACGUCAGAACCCUGAGCUCAGUCAUAAAACCGUAGUUCACAGAGAAAUUCAUGUCAAGAGGGGGAGACCAAAGUGAGAGAUACAGUAAUUCCUCAAGCCAGAUGGCUACUCGUGCAUUCUAUCAAAGGCUUCAUGUGAGACAUCUGCACUAUUUCGUCUGAAUGUUUGCAUUGGAAGGGAGAGAUCGGAGCGUAAACACGUGAAGGAUAAUGACGUUACUGGCUUUCCACUGGCGGCGGAGAAAACAAUUGGUUUUUGCGUGAACAUAAUUCCUGCCCAAAGUUUAAGCCAUGCCUAACCAAACCUGUGAUUUGAGAGUUGUUUGUCUGAAGACAACACACCCACGAACAAUGUUGUUCCUCAAUUUCCAAAUGUGCAAGAAAAGUUAGCAUUGUUACCAGACCUUGUGCUGUUUCCCAAGGGCUUAACUCAGACCGAAGAGACGGAUGUUAAAAAGAGUAGAUCAUUGUUUUCUUUGAUCGAGACGCUCCUCUAUUGAGGUUUGCUACAACAUAUUGUGUAGUGUCAUUGAGAACCAUGUACACCUGAAGGAUUGAAGAUAUUGUUUCACAGAUUGCUCCUCUUUCCCCUGUAACCUGUGACUCCACUCCUGUGGUCGGUCAUCUACUGUGAUUAUGUUCACUUCCUCAUCUUCCUCUGUUAGAAAGCACUUAAGCCAAACAAUCUUAGACCUUCUGUAAAUAAAGUAUAUAUGGCCACAAAAUGGUCUAAUGAGGAUUCAUGGUUUGAUUGCAAAUUAAAGGCUGUUUUGAUGUUACAUUAUUCACAUUCAUGGACAUUUUAACGUGCCCUGUGGUGACUAUUCAGAAAUAAUCAGUGGGUCAGUUGUCCUCUCUAGAGACUUCUCAACAUAUUGUCGACAUGUAGACAAAACACAAUAAAACCCACUGACUGAAGACCAUUAGGGGGUGCUGUUUUUCUUCAGUUGCAUUUUUUGGCUACAUGUUGACAGGAUGUUUAGCAGCCACUAGAGGGACCAUUCACCCAUUGAGCAUUUCUGAAUAGGCAUCACUGGGUAGAGAAAAACACUGACCACUGCAGUAACAGGUUGAAUUCUAUUACUAAUUCUGAUAGUGAUGAUGUAGUCCAACAAGCUAAACACAUCUUGACAUCACCCACAUUUCAGUAUUGCAUUUCAGAUCCCUGAAGUUUCAUCUUCUUGUACAGAACGAUGUUUGUUUGGCUUUGAAAUCCCAGUCUUUUCAGACUAAGUAGUCCGUUCAGACUAAUAAUUACUGUGUGACAUUUUUGAUUUAUUUAUGUGAAAAUAAAACUGUCAUAAGGAGACUGUUUUGUAGAG